GUAUUUAAAUGCAAUUACACCUGGCUGCAAUUCAUUCUCACACCUGUCUAAGAUGGCUUCAACGAUUUCACUGGUGGUCACCGUUGUCUUCCUGACAACAUUUACCUGUGCAAAUCCAGUCUCCCAGGAGACCAGCAAUAGUGAUCAUUAUCAUCAGACAAACUUUCAUCGUCUUCCGCCAAAAUUUCACCACAGCGUUGAUCAAAAUGAUGGUGCAUACUGGCGGCAAAAAGCACAAAACACACUGAACCAGAAGCUGUCAAGUCAUGAUCUGAUAGGCAAGGCGAAGAACGUGAUAAUGUUCCUGGGAGACGGACUCUCAAUUCCAACCUUGGCCGCGGCCAGGACAUACCUUGGCCAAUCUCAAGGACACACGGGUGAGGAGACGGUGCUCUCUUUCGAGGAGUUCCCUCACACAGGGCUCUCAAAGACGUACUGUGUGGACAGCCAGGUAGCUGAUUCUGCUUGCAGCGCUACAGCUUAUUUGGGUGGAGUCAAAGCCAACAUUUACACCAUUGGAGUGACAGGAAAUGUGAAACUGAACGACUGUUCAGCGUCACUAAAUGCGACCAAUAAAGUGACUUCUAUCCUGAAGUGGUCACAGGACGCGGGCAAGUCAACGGGAGUGGUGACGACAACCCGUAUCACCCACGCGUCGCCUGCCGGAUCAUAUGCCCAGGUCGCCAACAGGGACUGGGAGAACGACGCUGUAGUUAAGAGCUCCGGCCAGGAUCCAGAUAAGUGCGAUGACAUCGCAGAACAGCUCAUCAACAGUGUUCCCGGCAGGAAUAUCAAGGUGAUACUGGGGGGUGGUCGCAAAGAAUUCAUACCUAAGAACGUAACAGAUGAGGAUGGCAAGAGUGGUGCCCGAACAGACGGCGUGAAUUUGAUCACCAAAUGGAAAUCAGACAAAAGCAGUCGAGGAUCCAGUUCUAAGUACGUGUGGAAUAGGGAGCAGCUCCUCAAUAUUAACCCCAGGAAGACAGAGUUCGUACUUGGUUUGUUCAAUAGCGACCAUUUGGAAUAUCACUUGCUAGCCAAUGCGACUAAGGAACCGACACUCGAAGAACUGACUAGAGUUGCUAUCCAGGUUCUAAGUCAAGAACCUAAGGGUUUCUUCCUCUUUGUUGAAGGCGGGCGUAUCGAUCACGGACAUCACGAUACGCAAGCACAUCUUGCUUUGGACGAAACAGUGGAAUUUGCAAAAGCUAUCCAGGCUGCCGUCGACCUGACAGAUGAAAGAAACACCCUGAUCGUGGUCACUGCCGAUCACGCCCACACCCUGAGCAUUAGUGGUUACCCCACCCGCGGCAACGACAUCUUCGGUAUCGCUGGAACGUCUGACUCCGAUAGACUUCCAUAUUCUACUCUUUCUUACGCUAAUGGACCAGGGUACAAGAAACCACUAGCUAAUGGCUCCAGAUAUAACAUUUCUAACGAUAACCUUGCUGAUGUGAAGUACCGAUUCCCGGCUACAUUACCUCUGGGAAGCGAAACACACGCAGGUGAUGACGUCGCGGUUUUCGCCAGAGGCCCGUGGAGUCAUCUGUACUCUGGGACAUUUGACCAGAACUUCAUUCCUCACGUCAUGGCCUACGCCUCCUGUGUUGGAAAUGGACGGACAAGUUGCAAGCCGCAUGUAUAAAAACGUAACCAUUGAUCAGUAACUGAUGGCUAUGAACAGGAAAUUAUAAUAUUGUAGACUACUUUUCAUGCACAAAUAUUUCUGAUACUCUAAAGAACUUAUUAGUAUAAGACUAUAAGAAAUAUGUAGGCAUUCAGCUACUGAAAUAUAUUUACUGCAAUGUAACCAUACAGUAAAUUUAACAUUAUGUUUUAUAAAUAUAUGAUAGCACAGUAUAAUUUCCGUCAUUUUACUAAGCCCGGCUAAUAAAACUCAUCGAUAACACGUU